UAGAAAACAUGGCACUGCUAAAGUCUGGGUGGCUGUGGAGACAAACGUCGGUGCUGAAGCGGUGGAAGUUGAACUGGUGCGACCUAUGGAUAGACGGCUCCCUGUGCUUCUAUAAAACUGACAGGAGGAGGAAUCUGGAGCAAAGGGUCAGCCUGAAGACCCUGUGCGUGGAUGUGCACUCAGGCCUGGAGUGUGGAGACAUAACUCCUCCAGAGAGUAACCCCCGAGAUAACCUGGUGGUGGUGCAGCUCAAAGACGGAUCCACUGUCAACCUGUGUGCCAACAGCGAGGACGAGGCUCUAGCGUGGAAGCUGACCCUGCUGGAGACCCGGAGGAACCCUGUUUUUGCAUACGAUCCCUAUGACGACUCGUACCAGGCCAUCCCUCUGAACGGCCACCACACGGUCUACAUCACUCCAGGAGCCGGGCCAGGGACUCACCAGGUGGUCGUACAGCGGGACCCGUGGGAUGAGCUCACGGAGCACGUGGUCCUGGGGCUGAUCACAGGGAUGGCUGCAGGGGUCGCUAUGAGGUCCUUUCUGUGGAUGCCCUUCUUCUUCUGCUGAGGACUCCACGCAGUCACCUAUUAACAAGGGGUAGAGG